AUAGCACUCACAGACUUGGAAUUUGAAUAUAAUUUUCUUUUUUCUUCAUUUUUUUUUAUAAUUUGGGGGGUCUGGCCUGACGGGGCCACCUUUAAUCAGUCACUAGAUAUAUGUCCUACAGUCGAUGUCAGAGACACAUUAUACCGUUAUGUAUCAACAAAGCUCUUUUGGGUCAGGGUACUAGAUAGGGAUUGGGACCCUGCAGACCGCUGCAUAAGAGUGGAUAGGCAUGCCAUUUAAAUUCGUCCAAGAAUUAUAUAAAAUUAGGACUAAUUGUUAAUUGUGUGUCGCAACUCCACUCGAUGAUUGUAAAAAUUAAGAUGUAUGAUAAAUUAGAUUUUAUUUCUUAUCUGAUUAGGUUUUCAGGAAUUACCUCACCUUCUGUGGGAUAGGAAUCAUGAAUGCUCAGCUGUUCGAAAUGUCAAUCAAUGAAUAUAAACGAAAUCAGAUGAUGCUCCAACUUGCUAAAGGUAUUUUUGAAGAACAGAUGGACCUGCAGAAGAUGGUAAACCAGAUAAUGGUGGAGGCAAUGGAGUUAAUAAGGUGUGAACGUUGCAUGGUAUUCAUACUACAAAGUCAUGAAACCUCAGGACUUCACAGUCUAUUUGAGAUAUCUCCAUCAGUCAGACCACAGAAGCCUCUGCAGAUAUUACAUGAACAGCAGGUAGGAUUCUUUAGCACUUCAUUAGCCUAUUCAUUUAAAACUGACUAAAGUUUAAUAUUAUUUUUAACUCACUGUAACUUCUAGAUUGUUUUCUAAAUACCUAAUUACUUAAUGAUUGCUUUCAUACAUUAUGUAUGCAUAGUCGUUUGCUGGUGGCCACAAAAAUCUGUACAGUUCAGAUUUCUAUUAUGGCGAUUACAAAAUGUGAUUUCUAUUGUUUCUCUCACAAUGCAUUCAAAUACUCUACCCAAGUGACAUAAUUAUCACCUUUCAAUGUUGUGUUCUUAGUGUUGUGUUGUUCAGUAUAGACAAA